GCCCAGAGGAUGGGGGGGACACAGAGCAGGGCGGGGAGGUUUGGGGGGGACAGAGCAGGGCCCAGAGGAUGGGGGAAGGCGUAGGCAGGAGCAGAGGAGCCGGGACCCAGCAGCUCCCCGAGCUGCACCGGGGCCCACCCAGGUUCCCACAGCUCCUCGUUCACCAGCAGUCUCGGAAGCGCAGACCCGUGACCGGCACCCCUGGGACCCUCUGCUCCCGCGCCCAGGCCCCCGGCCCCCGGUGCUCCGCCGGCCGCCUCCCGGCCAUCCUCCAAGCCCCUUCCGCUGGGCCGCCAGUCACGCCUGCCUUGCCGGCUCUUGGGCUAAACAUCCUCUGACUUUCUCACCCGGGUGGUCUCGCGGCCAGUGACACCCCAACAGGAAAAAGGCCUGGGAGGGCCUGGCAGAGGGCUGCCACGUACCCAGCCCACAGGGAGCCUGAGCCCCCUACCCGGGGGGAGCAACCGCGUCCGCCAGGGCUCGGGAGCACGCCGUUCGCCAGUCCAGACGGGCGGCCAGGGUUCCCCGCGCGGCUCUGACUUUACUGAACCCCCCCGAAGCGUAUUUUCAAAACAGGGGAGCUGGACGGAACACACAGAGACGACUCAAAGCUGCUGCUGAACACAAACAGGUGUCAACAGUGACACGUAAGCGACAAAAGUCAGGACAGGAAGUGACACAAACGCCUCCUCACCCCCUACCCACCCCCAGCAGCCGCCCGGGAGCCUCACAGAAGUGCAACCGCGCCGCGGAGCGCGUGCAAGGCUCCGGCGGUGUCCCGGCGUCGUCCCCUUUAGGCCCCGGGGGAACAGCCGCGGUGCACACUCGCCGCCAUUCACACACCCCAAGUCGGCUCUCUGGCGGGUGUCCCAGCUCUUGCGCGGAGGGGGCCCCUGGGGAGGGCGGCGGCGGCACUGGGCCGUGCCCGAGGGCACAGCCCAUGUGGGCUUAGCACAGAACAGAGUGUCCUGGGAAAGGCGGGUGUGGGGGAGGGGCCCCCGUUCCCCGCGACGGGCUGGCCCCGGCCACCUCCACAUGGGGCUGCGGACACUCAGGGGAGCCAGGAAACGGGCAGGGGCCUGGGGCGUGACUGUCUCGAUGACGCAGGACUGUGUGGGCCAGCUGGGCCCCGCUGUGUCCCCAGGCCCAAGGCGCCCUCCCUGCGUUCACAUGCACAAUCUAGGCGACGGGCAACGGCGGGGACGUCACGGGCCAAGAGGGAGGCCACCCACGCCAUCCAGGGAGCCCUGUCUCCUGGCCCCAAGCCCAGCCCAGAGCAGGGCGGGCACGGCGGGACAGGGACCCCGGCGGGACAGGGACCCCGUGUGCAGCAGAGGGAUCCAAACGCGUCUCCCGGCAGGGCCGGUCUGGGGACGCCGCGGAGGCCAGGAGGCCAGAAGCCGCCUGUUCCCAGGGAGCUCGGACCAGCGAGGGGCCGUGAGCGGGCGCCGGAGCCCCUCCCUCCGCGCCAGACCCUCCGCCGGCCAGGUCGGCGGCGAGAUGUGUGCCCACAACAUGUCCUGGAUCCGGUACCCCAGCCGCGUCUCCACGGACGUCGAGGCUGUCAUAGCCGCGCAGAGCGCUGUGUCCAGAUGCACGCUCGUCUACGCGGUUCUGUUUGUCCCCGUGAGCCUGGCGGCCGGGCUCUUCAACCUCGCCACCUUCCUCCGCGGCCGUGCCAGGCUGGGGGGCCUGGACGUCUGCCUGCUGGACCUCACCGCCACCGGCCUGCUGGCAACGCUGCUCUCGCUGGCGGCCAUCGGCCGGCCGGACUACCUGGCCACGACCAAUCUGGGCUGUGCCGUCCUCUCCCUUCUGUCCAACGCCUGCUACUUCAACGCCCAGUACGUGCAGCUGGUGCUGCUCUUCGCGUUCCUGCUGCGGCGACCCCCGCCCUGCCUGCGUGCGGCCGCCCAGGGGCCCCGGGGGCCUGCCGCCAGCCUGGCUGCCGCUGGGGGCUGUGCUGUCUGCAGCUCCCUGGGGGCCGUGGCCCUGCUGGGCACCUCUGGGGAGCUUGACCACACCACGCUGUGUCAGGCGGACCCCCUGACCGCCUGGCCUGAGUACGAGAUGGUGAAAGUCAGCCUGGGCUUCGGGCUGGCCCUGGUCCUGCAGCUGGCGUUCCUCGUCCUGCUCGGCGUCCAGCGGGCCAGGCGGGCUGCUCCGGCCCAAAGGGACGCGGCCUCCGCUUGCCCGGUGGUUCCGGCCAUCGUCCUGACCACGUUCGCCUGCCGCCUCUUCUACAACGUGGCGCUCGUCCGGCGGGCCAGGCUGAAGCUGCAAAGGGACAUCGGCUCCCCCGGGGACGAGCUGCUCAUGAACCUGGCGGAGCUGGCCCUGUUUGGAGAGAGCUGCGUGGGCUCCCUGGCCACGCUCUUCCUCCACAAGCCGUGCAGGCUGGCCCUGCGCAGCGUGCCAGCGCGUCUCUGCCAAAGCUGCAGGAGAGGAGCGGCUGGCACCAGCUUCGCCCUCAACGGAGUGGGGGGCUAGCUUGGAGCCCCGCCUGCCGGAUGCAAGCCUGCGGCCAGAGGAGGCUCCCCGCAGCGCUGCAGAGCCUCGGCGGCCUGGGGAGUGCCCAGGGCAGGACAGGCCGUCCGGAGGGCACUUCCCAGAGCCCAGCUGUCUGGCAUCCCCCCCAGUUUGCGCCACGCUCGACACCUCAGCCCAAACUGACACCCCCACCCGGAGGGAUGUGCCCAGCGUGGGGAGCGAGCGCUAGCCGAGCCCGGAUGGGGGCGGAAGGUCCUGAGGUGUCUGCUUGCUGGCACCCCCCUCCCCCCAUCAAAGGGCGGGGAGCAAUCUUGAAAAUAAAGACAUUAUUUAAGGAACUUUA